AUAGUGUGGCCCGAGAGCUUGAAAGAUGGUGCUGGAUCUGGAUUUGUUUCGGGUAGAUAAAGGAGGGGACCCAGCCCUCAUCCGAGAGACGCAGGAGAAGCGCUUCAAGGACCCGGGACUAGUAGAUCAGCUGGUGAAGGCAGACGGCGAGUGGCGACGAUGCCGAUUUCGGGCAGACAACUUGAACAAGCUGAAGAACCUAUGCAGCAAGACAAUUGGGGAGAAAAUGAAGAAAAAAGAGCCAGUGGGGGAUGAGUCCAUUCCAGAGGAUGUAUUAAAUCUUGAUGACCUCACUGCAGACACUUUAGCUAACCUGAAAGUCUCACAAAUCAAAAAAGUCCGGCUCCUCAUCGAUGAAGCCAUCCUAAAAUGUGAUGCGGAGCGGGUAAAGUUGGAGGCAGAGCGGUUUGAGAACCUCCGAGAGAUAGGGAACCUUCUGCAUCCCUCUGUGCCCAUCAGCAAUGACGAGGAUGCAGACAACAAAGUCGAGAGGAUCUGGGGUGACUGUACGGUCAGGAAGAAGUACUCUCACGUGGACCUGGUGGUGAUGGUAGAUGGCUUUGAAGGCGAAAAGGGGGCCGUGGUGGCUGGAAGUCGAGGGUACUUCCUGAAGGGGGUCCUGGUAUUCCUGGAACAGGCGCUCAUCCAGUAUGCCCUUCGCACUUUGGGGAGUCGGGGCUACACUCCCAUUUAUACUCCCUUUUUCAUGAGGAAGGAGGUCAUGCAGGAAGUGGCACAGCUCAGCCAGUUUGACGAAGAACUGUAUAAGGUGAUUGGCAAAGGCAGUGAAAAGUCGGAUGACAACUCCUAUGAUGAGAAAUACCUGAUUGCCACAUCAGAGCAGCCUAUAGCUGCUCUGCACCGGGACGAGUGGCUGCGGCCCGAGGAUCUGCCAAUCAAGUAUGCCGGCCUGUCCACCUGCUUUCGCCAGGAGGUGGGCUCCCAUGGCCGAGACACCCGCGGCAUCUUUCGAGUCCAUCAGUUUGAGAAGAUUGAACAGUUUGUCUACUCGUCACCACACGACAACAAGUCAUGGGAGAUGUUUGAAGAGAUGAUUGCUACCGCAGAGGACUUCUACCAGUCUUUGGGGAUCCCUUACCACAUUGUGAAUAUUGUCUCAGGUUCUUUGAAUCAUGCUGCCAGUAAGAAGCUUGACCUGGAGGCCUGGUUUCCGGGCUCCGGAGCCUUCCGUGAGUUAGUCUCCUGUUCUAACUGCACAGACUAUCAGGCUCGCCGGCUCCGAAUCCGAUACGGGCAAACCAAGAAGAUGAUGGACAAGAUAAAGGAUAAUCGCCAUUUGUCUAUAGAAAACAAGUUGAAGGCAGUGUCUUCCCUCUCACCAAAGAAGGUAGAGUUUGUCCACAUGCUCAAUGCCACGAUGUGCGCCACCACUCGCACCAUCUGCGCCAUCCUGGAGAACUACCAGACAGAGAAGGGCAUUGUUGUGCCUGAGAAAUUGAAGGAGUUCAUGCCGCCAGGUCUCCAAGAACUGAUCCCUUUUGUGAAGCCUGCCCCCAUUGACCAGGAGCCAUCAAAGAAGCAGAAGAAGCAGCAUGAGGGCAGCAAAAAGAAAGGGGCAGCAAGAGAUGUCCCCCUAGAAAGCCGGCUGCAGAACAUGGAGGUCACUGAUUCUUGAACAUUCCUUCCUCCCGGUUUGUCAGGCUUUCGUUUCUGUCAGCUGGGAUCUCAGAACCUGCCCACGGGCAGGGAAGCCAAGCACCCACUCGUCCCCGCCCCAUCUGACUGCAUUGCUAAAAGGGGAUCAGUCUGCCGUGUACAACACAACGUUCCUGUCUCUUUGCAUGGGCAUAGGAUCCAAUCACUGAUGACUGAUGAAACCAUGUAAUAAAGCAUCUCUGGGGAAGGC